UUUUUUUAUUUUUUAUUUAACCACUUUAAAUCGUGUGUGUAGAACAUGAUGAGGUCACUGAUGCUCAGGAGGCUUUCAUCCCACCUGCUGACCUGCACCAGAGGACUCUGUCCUGGCCCAGUAUGGAUGUCCUGUGGUAUCCAUGCUCAACUCACAACAAUUGCCAAAUACUCAAAUAAUUCUACACCGUCUUAUACAAUGAUCUAUAGGCUGCCACACAUCAAGCUUCUUAGGGCGGUGUCUAGACUCAAAUUGCUCCAAACUGGAAUCACUGUGGUCAUUUUACCCCCCGUCUACUACUUAUACCUACAGGGUGAUUUGUCAUUGUUCUUUGUCUGUUAUUCCACAGGAAUUGCUGGUUUUGCUGGCCUCAUGUUGUACACUGCUAGUCAUUUUUUCAGAAGGGUUGUUGGGAUGAUGUAUCUUGACCCCUCUCAGACCACUCUUAAAGUUUCACAUCUAACAUUUUGGGGGAAGCGCAGUGACCUGUUCCUCCCCGUUUCAGAUGUCAUGACAAUUGCGGAUACGGGAGAUGCCACUACUGAAACCAUACUCAGACUGAAGACCUACAGUGGUCCAGAGACGCUUUACUUUUCCACUUAUUAUGGACGUAUUGUUGACCCAGAGGGAUUUGAGAAAGUAUUUGGGAGAUCAAAAUGAUGAUUGUUUUAUUUAAAU